AUGUCCAUUCGCGCGGUCGGUUGGCUGCAAUCGAAGCUCGGUCUCGACAUUGGAGGUCGUGGCCCUGGCGGCGAAGAACUGGUUGGCUUCUCCACGACACAGAACCUUAGCUGCAGCAAAGACCCUGUUGCAGCCGCAAACGGCGACCUAGAACCUGGCCUGAGCGGUGGUGGCAAUGGUGGCGGUGGCGUUGGCGCGCUUUCCAGCCUGGCCAGUGAAUGGGAGUCGAAGCUUGGCCAGAUGUGGAAACAGGCAAGUGACAAGGCGACGCAGUACUGGAGCAACAACAUGGUUGGUCGAGCGGGCAACGACCCAUUUGGCUUUGGCCCCGCGGGGUCGCAAGGCGGCCUUGACGGCAACUCCGCGACAGGCGACACCCCUGAGCUAGACGAAAGCGGCCUUCCAGUGACGCGAAAUUGGUAUUACUACGAUGCGCAGCUUGGCCGCUGGACUGUGUCGCGAGAUGCCCCAGAUAGUGUGCAACGGGAGUACUAUGAGAAGCUUGAGGAGGUGGAGCGGGGGCAGCUGGGUCAGAAAACAGUGGCGCCGCCGCCGCCGCCGCCGCCGACUGCCACUGCCGGAAGGUCACCGCCACUUCUCGGGGCAACUGGGGGUGCUCGCGGCGGCCACAAUCUACACUACGCUCUCCCAGACUACUUUGGUACCGCAAGCGCAACCCCAGCGAUGCCGCAACAGAGGGCUCAGCCCUACACCGUCUACGGCGAUGCCCCUUCGUAUCAAGCCCAAUCAACUGCUCCCAUGGUGUCUUCUCCAUCGACGAUGAUGAGCACGCCCGCUGGUCCCUACUACCUACCUACCCCGCCAACCGCCAGCACAACUACCUCGGCGACCACUCAGGCCCCAUCGCACAUGCAGUCACUAUCGGCUCACUCGCAGAUGAGCUCUCCACCACAGUCUGCGCAGACAUACCUGCCGGCGAUGCCUGCUAUAUCUGUGCCGACGUACCCUGCCGUUGGAAGUGCUUAUCCUGCCGCCUCCGCGUCACUGACUCCCAACUCGGACGCGUCAUCAUUGCCACCCCCUACACCUGUCCAGUCCUCGCAGCCGCAUGUCUAUUCGCCUCCGGCGCACGACGGAAUCUCUACAUCCCCACCAGCACCUGCACAGUCGCAGCACUACGGACCGCCGCCUCUUCAGUCGAAGGUGCCGGAGCACUACCUCUCUGUCUCGGGCGACAACAGCACAGGCGUGCCUUCUCUGUCCUCUGUGCACGCAAGUGCACCAGCACCUACACCGUGUGCAGGCACUGCCCCAGGCACAUAUCCGUACAGCGGCGGCCGCGCCUGCAAUAAUGUCAGCGAUCAGCACUCAACUACAGCUGUCGUGAGCGCCAGAUUCCCAACCCCUCCGCAGACAACAUUUGUCCAGAACACGGCGGUACCACAGCAGCAACCUCAGCCCCCAACAAGCAAUCCGUACGCCUAUCCGGCCGCAGUGACAACAGCAGUGGCCGGCCAGGCGUUUGCGCCUCCUCCCGCCGCACCGGAGCAGCCUCAACCACCCAAAGGAGUGGCGAACGGCUACAGUGUACAUCCCCCCGCCACCUCACUGGGCACCUUCCAGACCAUCAGUGGUGCGACAGCGCGGCCGAGUGCGAUCGGAUUGCCGCCGCCGCCAUCCUUCAAGCCAUUUUCUCCGUCUUAA